AUGUCCGCAGAUCAGAUACAACAGCAGGACGCCGCUGCGCAACCGCAGUCCCCGCUACAGGACCAGCAGCAGCAACAACAAGAACGGGCCUCCACGCCGGACGCCCAGCAAGACUCCACCCCGUCGUCGUCCCAGAUCCCUCUGAUUGCAGAAGAGACCCAGAACGUGGCGUCGAUCGCCGACGGCGGCCGUGAGUUGUCCAAAACCGUCCUCUACGUGGGCAACAUCCACAGAAGCGUCGCAGACGAAACCUUGCAGGACCUCUUCUCGUCCCUGGGCAACCCAGUCAAGUCGCUGAAAAUCUUACAGGACAAAAACAGACCAGGAUUCAACUACGCGUUCGUCGAGUACGAAAGCCCAGACUUCGCCGAACACGCUCUCCACAGCUUGGACGGUACCUCCAUUGCGGAUAACCAGCUGAAAAUCACAAAGGCUUUCCAAACGCAACAGGUGAAAAACUCAGACACUUUCAAUCUAUUCAUCGGUGAUCUCUCCCUGGAAGUCAACGACGAGGUUUUGAACUCGUUCUUCCAGAAGUUCCCCUCCCUAGUCCAGGCUAACGUCAUGUGGGACAUGAAAAGUGGUAGAUCCAGAGGUUAUGGUUUCGUUUGCUUUGACGACAAAAAAGACGCCGAAGAAGCAUUACAAACCAUGAACGGCUACAUGUUGGGCGACCGCCCAAUCAGGCUGAACUGGGCCUCCCACAGAGACCGCCAUAUGAUGAACAACCAACCAAACGGCAAUAUGAACAGCAUGAUCAACAGACCUCCUGUGAUGGGACCUCCAUCUUACGAAAUGGUCUUGAGACAAGCCCCAAGUUGGUUGUCCGCCGUUUAUUUGGGUAACUUGGCAGAUUACACCACACAAAAUGACUUGAUUCCUUUACUACAAAAUUUCGGCUAUAUCGUAAACUUCAAAUUGCUUUCUCAUAAAGGUUACGCAUUUGUCACUUAUGAUACCCAUGAAAGAGCUGCAAUGGCAAUCGUUCAACUGUCAGGUUUUACCAUCAACGGCAGACCUUUGAAGUGUGGUUGGGGUAAAUCCAACAAAGUUGUCAGUGAUAUAAGAAACAUAUCUCCAGACGUCAGAAUUCCAUAA